UUGACCAAUGGCGAUGGUGCUGGAUGCUUUUGCAUCCUUCAUCGGGGACUACCUCAAACAGGUCGUACAGUAUGAGCUCGGAACGAUGCUGGGCGUCUCCGGCGAGAUCCACAAGUUGGGUGACAGGCUUCAGGACCUCAAGAACUUCCUCGCCGACGCCGAUAGGAGAAACAUCACCGACGAGACCGUCCAGGUCUGGGUGGCUCAGCUCAAGCGUGCCAUGUAUGAAGCUGCUGACAUCCUCGACCUCUGCCAGCUCAAGGCCAUGGAGAAGCGUGGGCCAUCCUCUGCAGAAGCAGGGUGUUGCAACCCCUUGCUUUUCUGUAUGCGGAAUCCCUUCCAUGCUCGGGAGAUCGGCACCCGCAUCAAGGCGCUCAACCAGAGGCUUGAUUCCAUCAAGCAGCACAGCGCUGCUUUCAACUUCAUCAAUCUUGGGUCAUAUGAGGAUUGUCAUAGCAGCAAUGCCCAUGCAUCUCGUCAUGGCAAUCCUAGCCGGGAGACGGUAGGGGACUUUGACCGGUCGGCUAUUGUUGGGGACAAGAUUGAAGAAGACACAAGAGCACUGGUAGCCCAAAUCAUGCAGAAGGGAAAGGAUGUCAACAAUGGCAUCAAGGUGGUCUCUAUCAUAGGUGUUGGUGGGAUCGGCAAGACCACCCUUGCCCAGAAGGUCUUCAAUGACAACACAAUCCAAGGUGAAUUCAGCAAAAAGAUAUGGUUGAGUGUCAACCAAAACUUCAGUGACGUUGAUCUGCUGAGAAGGGUCAUCAUCGAAGCCGAGGAGGUGCCCAACCACCUGAAAGUUCAAAGACCAGCCUUCACGAAACCCUCAAGAACACAUUGA